UAAUUAAUUACACCAAUGACUUUGAAGUUCAAUAGCUUAGGAUGCUUGUAUGGUGGAGAACAAUCAGUACAUUUUCCGAUGCCGUUACGGGUGGUACUAGUUCUAAUACUCACAGUUCCAUUUUGUGAAUCAACAUGGGAUUUUCAAAGAAGAGAAAUAAACGCAAAUAAACGUAAAAUAGAAAAUUAUUCAACUAAGGAAUCAAGUAAUGAAGCUAAUAUUAAAGAAGACACUUAUUUAUCUACCACCGAACUUAUUUCGAAGUAUGGAUAUCCUUCUGAAAUACAUAGUGUCAUAACACAGGAUGGUUAUAUUUUAGAAGUGCACCGAAUACCAAGGAGGCGUAGGGCCACACCAGUUUUAUUGGUUCAUGGACUUUUUGAUGCCUCAAGCACAUGGGUUUUAAUGGGUCCCGAUAAAGGAUUUGCUUAUAUGCUCUACGAUCAGGGAUAUGAUGUAUGGCUGGCAAAUGCCCGUGGAAACACUUACUCCAAAAAACAUAUUACUCUAAGUCCAAGUAAACCUGAGUUCUGGAAUUUCACCUUCCAUGAAAUUGGAAUAUAUGACAUUCCUGCCACAAUCGAUUAUAUUUUACAAAGAACAACCUUCAAAAGAUUGCACUAUAUUGGACAUUCUCAGGGGGCAUCAACCUUUUUCAUAAUGUGUAGCUUAAGACCGGAGUACAAUAAGAAAAUUAUUUCAAUGCAAGCUCUUGGUCCAGCGGCAUUUAUUGGUGAAGGGAAGAGUCCAAUUAUUCAAGUCAUGACAUAUUUUGAGAAACAAAUAAUUAAUUAUUUCAAUUCGGUUGGAACUUAUGAGUUUUCAACAAACAAUGAUUUCAUGAAACGCAUAACCAGUCAUUUCUGCAAAGAAGGCAAAAGUACACAAGCACUUUGUUCAAAUGUUAUUUUUUUAUUAGCUGGAUUCGACGAGGAUCAGAUGAACUCGACAAUGUUGCCGGUGAUAUUAGGACAUUACCCUGCUGGAGCAUCGGUUAAACAAGUUUGGCAUUUUUCGCAAUUAAAAAAUUCUGGUCGUUUUAAACAGUUCGACUAUGGGAGGAAUGAAAACUUACAAUUAUACGGAAGAGCAACUUCUCCAGAUUAUGACUUAACCAAAGUAGUUGCCAAAGUGGCAAUACAUUAUGCUGCAAACGAUUAUUUAGUAGUACCAAAUGACGUUGAAAAGCUCAGAAGGGCGUUGCCAAAUGUGGUUGGAAAAUAUUUAGUUGACUUUCGUCAAUUUAAUCACAUCGAUUUCACCUGGGCUGUUGAUGCUCGAGAAUUGGUUUAUUCUAAAGUAAUAAGUUUAAUGAGGUUAAUUCAAAAUGGAGACUUAUAGUAAAUAGAAAUAAAUUAAU